AAUGAACAAUGCAAAUACAGUUUUCUCCAUCAACAGUAAACACGAUAAAACGCUUAAGAAUUUAAAAUGUCUUGUUUAAAAACGUGCAUCCUUUUCGCCUUUGUUAUUAAUUUAAAGGCUGCUAUGUCGGAAACAGAGGUACCGAUGGCCAUUAUUCCGGCAGGAAUGAAUGUUGCAGAUUUUACCAAUUAUACAGCCGGGAAGUUUUGGCACGAGUUAUACUACGUUUUACCCUUUAUCAACGGUAAACCAAGGUAUAUUCCGGACAUAAACUAUUUCCUGCGGUUCAGCGCAACGGACGAUCCAAAUGUCUACAAGAUUGAUACAAAGGGCGACAUUCCAAGUGUAGACCAAGGUCGCUUAAUUUGUGUACAGAGACCAGAGUUUGCUGUUUUGUCAAAUCCAAUUAUGAAUGCUGAGUUUUCGCUACGCAAAACAGUGAAUGGACCUAAUUCCCGCAGUCUCGUCGUAUGGAGUUCAGAUCCGGAACACUUUUUCUGGACAAUGCGCUGUCGCGAGGAAGGUCACCCGAACAAUUCCACGUGCAACAUUGAUCAAACGGACAUGGCACUUUUUGUUUCGGGAACCCCGAAUGACCUAAACUGGCCAUUAGUUCUUGAGGACAUUGCUAAAACCAACAUCACGUUUGCAGACAGGGCUUAUAAAUGGUUUUAUGCUUAUUCGGAGACUUCUCGCUGCAUCGAUUAAAAUGGGUCGGCUUCAUGGGUAAGCGAUAACAUGUGAACCAGCAAAUUGUAAACUACCGUAUUAUAUUCAUCGGCUUUCUACUAUUGCAAACACGGAGACCAAAUAUUUGUGACUUGUGUGUUUUAUUCAAAGUUAGUGUACAAUAAAAUAUCAAGUUGU